GUGGUCGAAUGUAGUGUGUUCGUCCGGUGCGCCUUCUCGUUCAACGCGAUGUUCAAAUACCUAUUUCUUAUAUUCGUGUUUAUAGUGUUGUGUACAAGAAGUGUGAAAUCCUCGGUUUUUCCAAUAGACGGAAGUGCAACUCAGCUGAAAGACAUUGACGUAAAGAUCGAGACGGAAUUGUUGAGUGACUUACAGGAGGAACUGAAUCAAAUCCUGGACCUCCUUUUAAAUGACCGAGAAUUAACUGACGAAGGAAAUGAAAACCCAACGGAAAUUAUCUCAACCAACUCGGUAAACGAAGAAGGAAAAGCGAACGAGACGCGCCUCAGCCCCGAGCGCGAGCCCCCGAGCACGCCCGUCGCCGCGAGAGCCCGAGCUAAGCGCCAGCAGCCGCCCACGACGCUGUUCCGCCGCAAGCCUCCCGCGAGACCCUGCCGCGGCGACGGGACGAGCGCGGUUUUCAGCGGCAGCAACGCCAUGUCUUACAUCAGCUUCUUGGCCAAUGUCAUGGCUCUCGUCCUCAACAUCAAUAAUAACGUCAACAACAAUAAUAAUAACAACAACAUUAAUAGCAACAACAACAUCGAUAACAACAAUGCUAAUCUCAACAUCAACAGUAACAAUGCUAACCAGGUGAACAUCAUGCCCCCCGGAGGAAGGCGGCGGCGGCACCUCCCCCCCUGGGCACUCGUCGCCAUGUCGCCGGGCACUCGGGCCGUCUGCGCUGCCCACGACACGACGAUGGAGAGGGUUUUAGAAGCAACCGUGGAAGCCAGCUGGAGCAAUCUCACCAAAAAUAGAAAAAAAUAAACUCUAAAGUGAUUAUAAAUGAGUGAAAAAAUAAUCGCCUCCUCAAUAAUGUAGAACAAUGCUGCUCAACCAUCAUCAUUAUUUUUAUUACGUUGAUAGCUGCAACAUUCUUUUAUAACAGAAAAAAUAUAUACGAGAAGAAUAAAACCUACAUAGACCUAAAUUAUAUACCAUCGCAACUGCAAAAAUAUCUACGUUUUUUUGUGCAUGUAUCUUAGGGCAUUUUAUAUGAUUCUGCAAUUUGUGUUUUGUGUGGUAUUCAUGCUAAGGCGGCGCUAUGUGUGACGUAAAAAUGUAAUGGAGCAAGUUAUUACUGUUCUAAGAAUAUUAACUGGAGAGAGAAAAUUAGAAAGGUAUGUCAUUAUUAUCAUCAUUCGUAUAUUACAUUAUCAUUCAA